AUGAAACUCAACGAGUAAGAUUCUGUGUUUGCGAAAUAAAAAGGAAAUUAAAGAUAUUUGAUUAAGAGUAGUGAAAAACUUAAGCAGAUUCACAAAUCAAAACUAAGCCAUUCCAAAUAACUAUCUAAAAAUAUAAAGAAUUAAAAAUCUUCCAAGCUAACUCAAAAGUCAUCUACAUCUUAAUGGAAUACACCUAGUGACAAAUCGAGUCAGUCUUCUGUGAUUAUAUUAACUCCAUCACAGAAUAGUAACAGACACAUUCUUAGAGCAUAGUAGGUACCAUUUUUAACCUAAGAAAAUGAAUAAUAUUGUUCAGCAAAUGAAAAAAGUAAAAAUAUAAAGAAUAGCAAUCAUCAAAAGAGUAUCAUAAGUAAAAAAGCAAUACAUCCCACUUAAAACUAAUACUGCUCUAUUCACAGUUAUGAAACUGUCAGUGAUGAGGAUAAGAGUUGCAGAGAUCAAAUAUAUGCUUCGAUGGUUUUACUCACUGAUAAAAAAAGUCUGGCUCAAAGUAGGGAAAAUUUUGAACAGAAAAAUUAACAAAAUUACAUAGAUUUACUUUCUUCAGAAAAUAAAAUAAUACCUCAUCAAUCUUCUUCACCUGAAGUAGAAAUUAAUAGUAGUAUUGAUGAAUAUUAAUAGUAAAUUAUUUACAAGAAUGAUCGCUCUAUUAUUUAGUAGAGACAGCCUUAAUUUACUAACUACCAGCAUCAAAAUUAAUACUACUAAAGGUCACCUUUGCAGCAAUUGGAAUCUAACAUCAUAAAGAAUGUCUAAAGCACGCCAAUUUAGUAGAAGAAUAAUAAUCAAACAAAAGAUAAUUUACUUGGACUCAGCCAAACACCAUUUAGCUCUAUAAAAAAGAGGCUUUUUGAUACAUAACAAGAUUUUAUUGGAUCCUAACAAGAAAAUAUUGAUAUCAUGAUUAAAGAAAUUUAAUCAAAAUCAGUCUAAGAGAGUGUUUCUAAAAAAUUGACAUUUAGGUCACCUUAGAACUCCCUUGUAAACCAAAAUUUAAAUUUUGGAAAAGAAAACCGCUAAUAAAUCGUUAAAGUUCUUGAAGUGGUAAAAAUGAAGAAUUCUUCUGCAAAACUAGCUAAAGUUUCUGUUUUUAUUGAAAAUACACCAUAACUUUAAAUUAAAUACGUUCAAACAGUUGAUAUUCGCCAAUCACACCCAGAAUUACUAAUUUAAUAUUACGAAGAAACAUUUGAUCCAUAUAUCGUUGAAAUCUAAGAAAUCUUCUGA